AUGUAUUCUCAAACUGACAAAAUGAAAGAUCGAAAAAAAUCAUUCGCUAAACUAUUAAUCUUCAUUGCAUUUUUGAUUGUUGUUUUGAUAUAUUUACAAACUCGAAAACCCGUUGAACCUACUUAUUAUCCGCAUGAACGUUAUGGAUAUAAUGGUCCGAAGAGCGAUUUAGAUGAUCUUGAAAUCAAAUUUGAUACGGAGAGAGUGGAUGAAAUCAGCAAUGAGAUCCAGAAAUUGAUAAAUUCCACUGAACAAUGUGACUUCUCCGAUUUCAAUUCUGAAUCUGAAGGUUCAAGAAUCGCAAAAUCAGCUAUGGAUGGAUUUCAAAAAUGCGUCAGACCAAUAUUCGAUUCAUUCAAUGGCGAUUCUAGGGAACUUUUUGAUAAUUGGGUGAAUUCUACAAGGAAAUGUGAUUUUAUUGAUGAAUAUAGCAAUUUGGAUAUUCUAGGAAUCACAAACAGAGAUGAGAUCAAGUGGCUGAUUUAUCCGAAAUGUGUGAGUUAUUUUACGACACUCCACAAUGACGGAAGUGUUGUAGUUUCCUACAAAUCAUAACGUGUAAACGCGGAGUAUCGUUGAUAGUUCUCAAUUUUCCAGCAAGAAGAAAAUAUUCAUGUUACCCUUGGAGUUGGACAUGAUAUCAGAGCUGAAAUGAAGCUCAAAAAACAUCAACCAAAUACAAAAUUCUACGGAGUUGAUCCAAUGAUUGAUAUUAAUUAUGAAUUAAUUACUUAUGAUUUGAAUGGCUCAUUUUUCGCAUUUGCAUUGGCGAAUGAAACUAAAAUUCAAUAUUUUCCGGUUUUGCCAAAGCUAGGUACGAUCUUAUGAACAUCAGAGAUUUUUCUGAAAUUAAAAUUUUUCAGAAACGUAUUCUAAACAAGCUGUAGCCACUUUGGAUGUUGGAUAUUUCUUCGAAAAAUUGUUGAAACUUCGGAGAAUUGAUACACUUUUUUUGGAUAUUGAAAGUGGGGAAGAAUAUUUCUUUGAUUAUUUUUCGAAAGGUGGAAAAUUCGAUGAAAUUGGAAUGUCAAUUUGCCAAUUCAAUAUUGAAUUUCAUCCCGGAUAUACUAAAAACUACGAUUUUGUUUAUAAAUUCCUGGAGCAAACUAUCAAAGACAAGCGGUAUAUAUUCUUACGGCCAGCUCAUCAUGUUCCAGGAUUUUUCAAAAUGUAUUUUUUGAAUCUGGAAAACAAGGAAUGUGUCAAAAAGUUCAUAGGAUAA